UACGAUAAACACAGUGUACAGGUAUAUACGGUAGUCUAAAAUUACAUUACACCGACAAACAGGAACACAAAAGAUGUAAGUCACGUGAUCUGAAAUUACUUCCUUAUUGAGAGAAAUGUAGUUGACGUUUUGUGGUUUGCGUUACACAAUGGAUGAGAGAGCGGUUCAGCUGCAGAAAAACUUGUCAAAGUUCAUCAACCAUGUUGACGAACUUACUAACGAGGACGACCCGGCGGGGAACGGUUUCAACCGCGAGUAUAGGGACCUACGUGAGAUAGCAGCACAACACAAGGAGAAUAACACAUUCUCCUCAACAGCUGGGAGGGAGCCGCACAACCUGAGGAAAAACCGAUACAAGGACAUCAUUGCCUAUGACUACUCCCGAGUUAAGCUGCAGGACACUGGUGAGGAGGGAUCAGAUUACAUCAACGCCAACCUCAUUCAGGACCCCUAUGAUAAGGACGGCUACAUCGCCUCCCAGGGUCCCCUGCCCAACACUGUGAAUGAUUUCUGGAGAAUGAUUAUGGAGAAUAGGGUCAAAGUGGUUAUAAUGGCCUGUAAACUCAUAGAGGGUAACAAGAAAAAAUGUGCGGUCUAUUGGCCUGAGUUGGUUGGAGAUGAGGAAGACUAUGGAAAUGUCACUGUCACAAUGACAAAUGAGAGUGAUAUGAAGGAAGACUGUACUGUGAGGGUAUUUGAAGCAUCGUACGGUGACCAGUCCCACCAAGUUACACAGUACCACUACACGGGUUGGCCCGACCACGGCAUCCCCGAGGACCGUAAUGUUAUCCUAGCCAUGGUCGCCAAGAUGAGAGACAUUCGCCACAAGGAUGCAGAAAAAGCCCCAAUAUUGGUCCACUGCAGUGCUGGUUGUGGACGAACUGGAACAGUUUGUGCUAUUGACUAUGCCUGGGAGCUUCUAAGGGGUGGGAAACUGACUGCAGACUUUGAGUUGAAGCAGAUUGUGGAGGCGAUGAGAGAACAGCGUCAGUCCAUGAUACAAACACCGGACCAGUAUGAAAUGGCACACCUAGCUGUUAGAGACUUGUUCCAGAAACACCUUGAAAUCAUGGAGGAAAACAUCUACAUGAAUUAUGGGGAUGACAUUGAAGAGCAAGAUGCCCUGGAUAGCCUACACAUGGUUACCGAUUCUGUGAGCGAUUCUUCUACGACCAGAGAUGACGAAGAAGAUAUUUAUUCAUCAGCAGUCAAAGUUUUACAUGACAGCUUGAUGGACACUGUUAACAUGUAUACAACUAAUGAGGAGGAGAUACCUGGCGAUAUUUUACAGCCCAUAGUUCAAACUCCUUCACCAAAACCUCCACUUCCAUCAACAACCAAACCUGCCCCUCCCGCAGAUAAACCAGGAGUACCUUCAAAGGACAUUAGCUUGACAGGCAAUCUUAAUGAGGACAAGAAGCCAGAUGUGAAACAUAAGUACCAGAAUGUGGGCGUGGCUGCUACUUCGUAUGAGAAUAUGGAUUUAGUAGUGGUAAAAGAAGAGGAAAGCUCUAAUAUAUCAAAAUCUACACCACCCCAGGGCAGUAAAUUUUCCCCACAGAUAAUAAAGAAAAUGACCCCCCCUUUAUCUCCUGUUAAAAAACAGCAAACUGGCCCGAUAUUUACAGGGAAACAGGCAGAAGGCUCUGUGAUAACAGGGAAAAAAUCAGACAGUCCUGUGGAAACAGAUACCUCUGGUACCUCUUUUUAUUCUGUGGCAAGUGAUGAACCUUCUAAACCAGGUUCCUCUGGUCUACAAUCUGGACCAACUUCCGCACCCUCUGGACCUUCUUGGUCUCCCGCACCAUCGAAGCAAAAGCCAAAGUCAGUCAGCACCCCACCACUGGCAACUAAAUUUCCAAAGGAAUCCGUCUUACAGACCCAAACUAUUCCAAGUGUCAAACAAACACAUGUACCUUCAACAGGGGCAAAAGCCCCAGCAAGCAAUGGCAAACAUGUUACAAAAAUCACAGUGGGCGGGGCAAUGACAUCUGCGCCAAGUAAUAAAACGGCUACAGAAACAAACAACAACUUGUUCUCAGUAGCAACUAACUCAAGAGAUGAGAAACCCAGUGGACCUAGUACAGGAGGAGACGUUUAUUCAGAGGUUCAGAGAAAUAAUAAAGAGUCUUCUUCCUCCAUCAAGAGGUCAAGUAAACGUCAAUCAAAACCUACUCAAGCCCCACAACAGGAUGUAUACUCGCAAGUUAGUCGUCCAACUGAAAUCGCUUUUAAAGGUCAUAUUCUGGGCGGGGAUGGAUCUUACUCUGAUGUGGUGAUAGGACAGCCUGCUAAUGUUGAUGACAGCCUGUACUCCUAUGUAGCGGUGAAUCCUUCAUCUCCUGAUGCUGCCCCACCAGAGGUUCCAAAUCGACGCUACCUUGAUCCCCCACAAGAACCCCCACCGAGAGGUCCGGUUCAUACAGAUACUAGCAAUGCAACACUCAAUAAGGGUGCAUCUCUUACUGAACAGAAUCGAUUCAAAGGUUUGAUCACCAAGCAAUUUGACACAUUAAACAAAAUGAUAAAGGGUGGCACUACAGAUCACCAGUACACUGAUACUAGUAAUAUCAAAGGAUUCCAUGAGAGGAUAGGCCAGAAGCCAAUGGGAAAGAGAGAGGAACCGUCACGAUGGAAGAAAAUAUUUAAAAAAGUUAAAUAACUGCGAACAGUCCUUUUAUAUCACAAGUCUUUCAAAUCCACGAGUUUAUACCAUAUCCUGUUGUAUUACCUAAAAUAGCAGAUUUCAUUAUUCCAUUUUUUUUUGUAUUGUGUUUGUGAAAUAGUUCUAUAAUUAUGUAAAUUGUAUUGCAUAUGUUUUUUUCUUUAAGAUUAAGUAACAGAAUGUAAGGACCAAAAUAUAUGCCUUGCAUGUUUAUUUACAUGUUUAUUUACAUGUUUAUUUGCAAUACAAAUGUUGAAACAAAUUUUCUUCUAUCUUCCGUUUGUGUAAGCUGAAGCUGAAAUGUUCAUAAUCUCGUUGACAUUAGUUGAAAUGUGCCUUAUCUCCCUUGGUGUGAGUUGAAAUGUGUUAUCUCCCUUGGUGUUAGGUGAAAUGUGCCUUAUCUCCCUUGGUGUUAGGUGAAAUGUGCCUUCUCUCCCUUGGUGUUAGGUGAAAUGUGCCUUAUCUUCCUUGGUGUUAGGUGAAAUGUGCCUUAUCUUCCUUGGAGGAAUGUGAAAUGUGUUAUCUCCCUUGGUGUGAGGUGAAAUGUGUUAUCUUCCUUGGUGUUAGGUGAAAUGUGCCCUAUCUUCCUUGGAGUAAUGUGAAAUGUGUUAUCUCCCUUGGUGUAAGGUGAAAUGUGUUAUCUUCCUUGGUGUUUGGCGAAAUGUGCCUUAUCUCCCUUGGUGUUUGGCGAAAUGUGCCUUAUCUCACUUGGUGUUUGGUGAAAUGUGCCAUGUUGCUUUUGACAUAAGCUGAGCAAUGCCUAUUUUAUAUAUAAAAUAUCAUGCAGUUUACAAUAGCACUAUAUUUCAAUGAUAGAAGUGAAUAAUAACUCAUGCUUGUAAUAUUUAUAACUAUAUAUAGACAAUACAGGAUGUAAAAACAUAGUGGCAGGUACAAUUAUAUAUCAAGGAUAACCAAUUCAAUAAACCAGUAUGAAUAGAGAGGUUAGUGUUAACAUAUGUGAAAAAAUAUGUGAAAAAAUCUACAUAUGUAAAAUGUAUUCAUUCCUUUAUCAGUAUAUUAUCCAUUAAAAAAGUUUAUAAACUUUUUAAUAAGCCAUUGUACUUAAAUAAUUUAGAGUCUGUACUAUUAGCCAUUUUUUACAAACUGGUAUUCUCAAAAUUUGCACAUCAAAUGGUAAAACAACUUUUGAAACCUGCAAUAUUCUUGUGUCAUUGAAUGGGUGAAAUAUGUAUAAGCUUAUUUAGAAUAAUGGAAUACAACAAAACAAUAUAGAAAACAAUAGAGAAAUGGAAAGUGUAAUCCGGUCAAUAUGCUCAGGUAAAAUGUUAAAUGAGUACUGAGUAUGAGUGUUGUAUCUGGCAAGUGUACAGCAUAUUAAAUCUCCGACCUAAGAUUAAAUUGGGUAAUGUACAAAAUUAUAUCUGAUAUAUUGAAAGGAAAUUUUAAAAGCAAAGUUGGAUUGAUGUUUGUAAAACAUAUGCUUGUUUGAAAUGUUAUUGUUUGGUAAUUGUGUUUGUUGUGUGUAAAUUAAGUGUAAUGUAUAUAAUUUUAAUUUAUGGGGUCAAAUCUUUUUGCCUGUUGCAAAUAUAUCGAAGCCAAAAGGUGCUUCCAGACUUUUUUUCUGACAUGAAGCUGUGAGUUUUAAGCCACGUAAAUCCAUCAACUGCAAAUUAAGGUAAGCUUUUGUACACAUGGACAAAAUUUACUCUUGAUUUUUGUCCCGAAUAGUACUUGUUGAGGCCUCCGUUUGAACUGUAAAUUGCUAUGUUUUUUUGUAUGGAAGGACCUCUUGGGAUGGCAGAAAAGAGGACUCAUAUUAGGUUUUAUGCCUUUUGUGGGCCUCAUCUCAUACACUCUCUCAGCUACAAUUGGUAAAUAUUGCAUUUGAGAACCGGGUACCUCCUCGAAUGACAGAGUGUCACAUACAAUGUACUAUAAUCAGGACUCACUUUACUUUUAACAGAGUUAUCUCCCUUUAUUUAUUAUGUGGCAGAAUUUGGAUUGUUUUAAAUAAGUAUUUUUAUUUCAAUGUAUAUAAAUUACAUGUCCUUUGUACAACGAAAUGAUAUUUUGUAAAGUUCAACAAGAUUGGCUCAGUAAAUACAGAUUAAGUAGAAUUACAUAACAUUACAAUAAGCUUUGUGAGUUUUUCUUAUAUUAUCAAUGAUAUUAAGAUGUAUGUUACUUCUCUACAUUAGCUGUCGGUACAGUAGCGGCCAUCACACCGUUCACAUCCACCACAAUGAAUCUAUUGUACAUUUAUGUUUGCUAAUUCAUAAGAGUUUAAAAGGACAUUAACUCUUAUGAGGAUGCAUCAACAAUACUUGUAUAAAACAACAUCAUUUUGAACCUGUAUUACUAUAGAAAUAACAUGUUUUGGCUUGAAUUGAUAUUUUGACCAUUAUGUUUCAACUCUCCCAAGAUAAUGUAGAUAAAGUAUAAAAAGAAAAAAAUCCCCACAACCAGUCUUAAGUACUUUCAUCUCGUCAAGGAGAUUCUUCAGAAUAUAUAUACACAAUAGUUUAGAAGACUGAUCCCAAUUAUCUUUAGCCCAUAUAAACAUUGAAUUUUAUUUGGAUAUAUUCCUGUUUGUGUGUUGUUAUAUAGAAUCAUGAAUUUGUGAAGUCUCAUAAAUUUGUGAAGUCUCUCUUUAGAAUAGUCCUCAAUUACAGUAGUACCCUUACUAAGCUAUCUAGUAGAAGUUUUACAACAGUAGAUAGGAUUAUGUUAAACGUACACUGUAUUAUAUUAUAAGGAUAUUCAAAAACAAAUUAAUGAAUGUGUUCUGUUUAUAUAUACAGCUGUUGAAGCUUAUUAUGUUAUAGUUUUACACGUAUGUUUCCUUUUUCUGUGUUUGUUUAUUGUGUUUGGUGCUCAGUGAAACCUGACAGUGAAAUUGUGGUUAAAGUUUUAGUGUUCUACCUGUUACAGGUGUGGUCAAUGUUCUACCUGUGACAGGUGUGGUCAAUGUUCUACCUGUGACAGGUGUGGUCAAUGUUCUACUUGUGACAGGUGUGGUAAAUGUUCUUCCUGUGACAGGUGUGGCCAAUGUUCUACCUGUUACAGGUGUGGCCAAUGUUUUACCUGUGACAGGUGUGGUUUAUGUUCUACCUGUGACAUGUGUGGCCAAUUUUUCUACCUGUUACAGGUGUGGUUUGUGUUCUACCUGUGACAGGUGUAGUCAAUGUUUUACCUGUGACAGGUGUGGUUAAUGUUCUACCUGUGACAGGUGUAGGUCAAUGUUUUACCUGUGACAGGUGUGGUUAAUGUUCUACCUGUGACAGGUGUAGGUCAAUGUUUUACCUGUGACAGGUGUGGUUAAUGUUCUACCUGUGACAUGUGUGGCCAAUUUUCUACCUGUUACAGGUGUGGUUUGUGUUCUUCCUGUGGCAGGUGUGGUUUGUGUUCUACCUGUGAUAGGUGUGGUCAAUGUUCUACCUGUGACAGGUGUGGCCAAUUUUCUACCUGUUACAGGUAUGGUUUGUUUUCUUCCUGUGACAGGUGUGGCCAAUGUUCUACCUGUGACAGGUGUGGCCAAUGUUCUACCUGUGACAGGUGUGGUUAAUGUUCUUCCUGUGACAGGUGUGGUUAAUGUUUAACCUGUGACAGGUGUGGCCAAUGUUCUACCUGUGACAGGUGAGGUAAAAUAUUUAAUGUUCAACAUGUGCCAGGUAUGGUCAAUUUUCUACCUGUGACAGGUGUGGUUUGUGUUCUACCCCUUGACAGAUGUGAUCAAUUUUCUACCUUUGACAGGUGAGGUAAAAUAUUUAGUGUUCUACCUGUGACAGGUGAGAUAAAAAUCAAUAAUUUUCUUUCUGGGAUAUAUUUCCAUAUCCAUGACAAGGAGUGUCUUAUUUGUGUAGGAUUGUAUUAUAAAUAUGUACACUAAACCUGUUCCUUCAUUUUGUAAUUAUGGAUAAGAUAGCAGACCAUCCAGUUGUGUAAUUUCUGAUAGUUAGAUUAUCUGACAAGGAUCUCCAGUCUUCUGAUAAAGUAGACAGAUCUACAAUAUUGAUAUGUGUUGUACUGAUUGAAGCAAACUGAUAUUACUUGAAUUUAUAAUCUGAUAUGUUCACACAGAUGUAUCAGACUGAAGUGACCCCUGUCAUUAAUAACCCCUGUUGUCAGUGACCCGAGUAGGAACUAAGGUCAUUUGAUUGACAGUGUGUCAGUUUAGCCAGGUCCUGGUCAUUCAGAGCUUUACCAGUGAUUAACACGAGUUUUCAGAAAGUUAUUUUUGAGCGCAGUCAAACUCUACAAAUAUGUUUGAGUUUGAUGUCAAAAUACAAAAUAGGAUACUCCUGAUCAGUCCUUAUUUAUAUAAAUUCAGUUUUGAAUUUCAAUAUUUUUAAAGAUAUACUGGUUUAAAAGUUAAAAAAUUGUUGUGAAUUUUUUUAAGGUGAUUAGCGUUGAACCACUGGGCCAAGGUCUUUUGGGAUGACAAAAUCAGAUGUAAUAUUACAGAAUGAAGCUAAACUCCGGUUUCAGUAAGGACAGGUAUCGGUAAAGACAGGUUUCAGUAAAUCUGUGAUGAUAUGAGGUGUCAGUUUAAUCAGGUGUUUGUAAAAUCAUGGAGUUCACUGGUUUGUGAAUAUAUAACAUUGAAGCAUUAUCCUUUUUACCAGCUUUAAAAAAUAUUUUCUCGACCAAAUUUCAUUGAUAAACUAUUUUCCUGUCACUUUUAUUGACAAUUAUUUGGAGUCUACUUUUACAUACAUGUAUGUGAUGGUGUUUUUGAGAAACUGUACCUAUGUGGUAACAAUGCUUUGUAUAAAGUUUUUUAAGAAGAAAAAUAUUGUGAAAAUGAAUUGACUAAUUGACAAAAUCUGUUUAUACUCGAGUGACAACAAAUUUAAAGAAAAAUGUACUUCAUCCAUACAUAUAACUUAUAUAAUGUGAUAGGUGUCUUGCAGACAAGGAAGAUAUUAUAUAUAUAUAAAUUCAUGUAGAUAGUUAUCAGCACUGUACUGUUAAUGGUACCUGUUAAGUCUAUAUAGCAUGAUAGUUUGUUGCAUUCAGAGGAAUAUGUGUUGUUAUACCUAUUUAUAUAUUUACAUCAUUCCAAUUGACAGCCCCAAGCUUUAGAGGUGCUCAGACUGUUAACUCAUUCACCCCUGAAAACACAUUUGAACUCUUCCAAUUCAAUGGUUGGAAAAGUUCAUUAUGAAAUUGUAGGGGUGAAUGAGAUAAUUCACUCAUUCGUCCCUAAAAUUUGAAAAUGAACUAUUCCAAUCUAUUUCUACCUUCAUUGUAAAGUCAGAGGCAUAUGAGAAACAGGCUUACAUUAGGUCAAGUUCAAUUUAUUAUAAUGUCUGGUUUAGUCAAAUGUCUCGGUCAAUCUAAACACAUUUAAACAAGGAAGAAACAUCUGAUCUGCUGUUAUUAAUUCUGUUAAAUAGAUAGAACAUUUACAAAAAUAUGAUUUACAAUAAUUACCACUUUACUCUCAAUUAUCUAGAACUUUGACCUCCAUAGAUAGGACAUUUCUGGAUUACUGUAAAAAUAGCGCUCUUAUGGUAUGUGUUUAUUGUAAAAAAAUCAAAAUCAAAUCCUUACAUGCAUAUCUUGUUCAUCUUAAAAUCACACUUAUAUUUGUGUGGGAGACUGCAUCAGGCUUUGUUGAUAUACAGUGUUUGUAGUGUGUGUCUAUAUUGAGAUUCAGCAGGAGGUGAUAUGUAGUCAUUGCCCUGUGACUUAUGAGAUUCCUUCAUCACAAUAAGAAUAUCCGGCUGAUCGUUUUAAAAAAGAUUAUCUUGACCCGAGUAGCUUUCUGAAAUGAUGACGUGCAAGUUUCUAUUUUAUUUUACCUGAAGUUAUGGCAAUACCUAUGCAAUACCAUGUGUUUCUUUAUUACAUUUUUUGUCAACUGUCGCUUUACUUCUUAUAAAGAACAUGCAGAGAAAAACUAAAUCGAGUUGACCAUUUGGAUUAAAAUCGAUUUGCAAAAUUGAGUUUGGUCAUUGACAAAAUUUCAUACAACAUUUUCCAUAUUUACAUGAUAUGAGAUGUUAGCAUGAAUUGUAAUGAGGGCAUAUCUGAAGUUUGUUGCCAGCCGUAUACUUGAGUUAAAACACACAUACUGUUUAAGUGCUAAGCUUACAUAUAAACCAUUAUAUCUGUAACGUUAUUAAAUAUAGAAAAGGAGUUAUAUGUAUUUUUCAUGUUAAAUAUAUUCUAUAUCAUACCAAAUAAAUGCUGCAUAUAUAUCGUU